GAUCGUUUGUUAAAUUUACAUUUAAGCCGUUUCCAUAAUCUAUCAAAUAAAAUGUCUACGAACAACAAUGCUUUAAGCAUCAUUUUUGUAGAUCCUUCGCGUCCAAUUUCUCGUCAAAGACUUAUUGAAGAGAUUCAGGCACUUAAGGAUAAAGUUUCUUCUUUAGAAGUAAAAGUUUCUUCUUUAGAAAUAGAAUUAUCAUCGUUUCGUCAAUUUCAAGCGGAACUUCCUUCACUUCUUCAAUUGAUUUCUCAAUUGACUC